UAGAGAAGAUGUACGACAAAGAAGUUGAGCCCUUUUCCAACCCAUUGGCGCCGCCGUCGGCCCAACCGGUGGGCGACCGAAGACACGACCACAACAACAGGGAGUCGUCGUCGGCGGCGAUGGCCGCACCUCAAGACACCCAACCGCUCACUAACGCCGACUUCAGGAAACUAAUGAUGACUCCGAGAGUGGGAGGACUGGGCGGUGGCGGCCAGUCAUCGAUGGGCAGCGCGUCUGUGCGGGAGUCGACUCGCGGUCAACGGCCAGCACUCAAGUCGGACGCCACCGACAAUCGCAAGACGAAGAAGAAGUUCUACGCGACUCUGAAACGCCAAGAGGACGACACGCUGUCAGAGUUGGCCAAACGCUAUCGAGACAGAGCUCGCGAGCGCAGGGAUGGCGACAAUCCUGACUACACUCACGAGACGUCGGAGUCAUCGGUGGCCACAAACGCCGCCUACAGAGCGGUGGCGCCGGACGUGAAGUCGGGUCUGGACGCGGCCGAGCGGCGCAAGAAAGUGAUCCAGGAGUCGAAGUACUUGGGCGGCGAUAUGGAGCACACCCAUCUCGUCAAAGGCCUCGACUACGCCCUCCUCCACAAAGUCAAGGCUGAGAUCACCCAUAAGGAGACCGAAGCCGACGAAGACGACGACGAGGAGGAAGAACGCGAGGCCAAUGAGGCGAAGGGCGCCAACAAGAAGGCGGUUCCCGUUGACGACGAUGUUGUCGAAGAACCCGACGAUCCGUUUGCCGUGAAGAGUAAAAUUGCCAAAAAUAUAGUGAAUAUUGUGAUCAAUAGAGCGCUUCCCGAAAGGAAUGAACUCUUUUUGACCGGAAGAAUGGCUUAUGUCGUCGAUCUCGAGGAUGAGUUCCCGGACAGCGAUAUCCCGACAACAGUGAUCCGAAGCAAAGCCGACUGUCCCAACAUCGAGUCGAUGACCUCUUUGAGCACCAAUGAUAUAGUGAUCAACAAAUUAACGCAAAUCUUGUCAUAUCUACGACAGGGCGGCGCCGGACGCAAGACUAAGAAAGCGAAGGAUAAGAUUCCCUUCAUUGACGACAAUAAGACCAAAAAGAGUGAUAAAUUGACUCAAAACGCAAAUAAGAGCACUAAAGGCGACAGUAUUUACGACGAUAUCGGAGAGUAUGUGCCGGACCUCAAGAAGAAGGAGAGUCGCAACGAUAGGGAAAGGGAUAAGAGUAGAGACCAUAGAGAUAGGGAUCACCGGAACAGAGACCGCGAUAGAGAAAGGGAUCGCAAUCGAGACAAACGUUCGCGUAAUUACUUUGAGAAAAGCGGUCGCGAAGAGCAACAGGAGUCCCGCAAGACUGAGACCAGAGACGCGAAGAGUAUAGUAUUGGCGGGCAUUACGGGAACGGGCGCUGCGGCCGCUGGCGUGCAAUUGAGAACCAAAUCGACUCAUCGAUUAGACCAAGAAAUGCCGGAAAGCUAUGCGGAGUGCUAUCCCGGAGCGCCGGAGAACGACGACGCGGUGCUCGACAGCGACGAUGAGGUCGACUACUCUAAGAUGGAUUUGGGGAACAAGAAGGGAGUGAUCGGUCGCUGGGAUUUCGAUACGGCCGAAGAGUACGGCGAUUACAUGAGCCAUAAGGAGGCGCUGCCGAAGGCGGCCUUUCAGUACGGCGUGAAGAUGGCUGACGGGAGGAAAACACGACGAGUGGCCGGCAAGAAGGACGAGAAGAUCAAACUCGAUCGCGACCUCCAGAAGAUUAACGCCAUUCUGGCCCGACGUAAGGGCGCCGCCGGUGACGCCAGCGGUGGUGGUAGUGGUGGCGAUGCGUUUGGCGCCACUCCAGCGCCGGAU